AUGGUCGCCCAGUCUCCAGCACUGAGGAAGUCAACCCUAAUGUCACCAGGUGUACUGUGUAUCCUUCUCAACCAAGGACAAGGAUACAACAACAGAUUGCCUAUGUCCCAAGCAUUUGUAAUGACCAAGACCCAAGCUUGUUUUGCCAAGUUCAAGACUGAUCCCACACAUGUACAGCCUCAAGUGACCUUAAAUGAACUAAGGUCAGGACAGACCCUACCAUGGGCAUCCAUCCGGCAGCAGGGUCAGGAUACCAUACUGCAAAUGCAAACAGAAUACAAUGAUCAGUCUACUGUACAACAGCUGAUCUUAAACAGCCAAGGAAAUAUUCAUCCCUCAGCUCAGAAUGCUUUUGCUGUCCAAGUUCUAAACCCGACUUUGACACAGGCAAAGCUACAACAGCCUAUCUCUGCAAAUGAACUUAUAUUACCUACGAAUGUUGAGGUUCAAGGCUUUAUCCCAACAUUUGUGUCAAAUGAAUGGGUUAUGGGAACAGGGCUACAAGUUCCUACCAACAGCAUCAGUAUUCCAUCAGUUGCUGGAGUGUAUGACAAGACUAUUCAUCUACCAACCCAAACAAUCUAUGGGGAUGGUAAUUACUCACCUGUAAUGACACCCACUUGUAAUGUAGCAACAACCGGACUAUCAGCUGACUAUCUCCAGAGAUGUUCUGCUGUACAGCUUGAAUCAUGGAGUGUGAGCCCACAGAGUGUACCCACAUUUGUGGCACCAAUGGAGGCACAAACAAAAACUAGGCCAAAAAAGUCAAAGAAAAAGACUCCUACAAAUGUCUCUCAAAGACAACAUGCAAAUGCAGAAAUGGGAAAACAAACUUCCAACAGUUCAAUGGCAAAAGGUAGUAGAAAUCUGGCUAAAAUGGAAGUGAGACCCAUGCAGCAGACCACUGGGGGACAAAUGGAAGCAACACUGCAUCAGACUCAGAGUCAGAAUUCUGCCCCAAAUUCUGUAACUCAGAAAGGUGGCAAGAAGGGAGUCAAACGCAUUGUUGUUCCACCCAAAGUUCAAACAGAUCCAGUGGAAUAUCCUCCAUAUGUUGCCAGAAUUAUGAGGAUCCUGAACAGACAAAAACAGGGUCAUGGGGAAUCUACUGAUGAUAAAAAGGAAAGUGUUGAUUCCACUCCAAAACAAAUGACCACUGCUGGUAGAAAUGAUGAGGACAGAACUGAUUUUACUCCUAAUCAAGCUACUACUGCUGACAAAAAAGUAAUUGACACUGUGAACUCAAGUCUUAAACAAAAGGGACAACAAAGUGUUGUAUCAAGAACUCCUGUGCCAUCAAAGCAGUCUGCCCAGGAACAAAAGCAUAAGUCCUUGUCUGGUAGUACUGUCCAGAAGGUCAUUGAGAAAUGUAGCCAGUUGAAAUCUGGGUCCAAACAAGAGCCAUUGUCUAUUAGAAAGACACUCCCAGAGAACUACAGACCAGUGGUUAACACAACCCUGUUGUUAGAUGACUUGUUACCUGACAGUUUUACUCUGUUGGAAGCAGACAAUUUCUAUGGACCAGAGAUUCUUGUCACUUCUGACUCUCACUGCUUUGUGGCGUCUGUGCCUUUCUUCUAACUGGACAAUAGAGACUUCUGAAUGUGGAGAGUGUGGACAUUUAGUGAUGAAACAUUUUCUUAGUGAAAUUACAACCGCAGUCUUUCAUUAAAAACUUCUGUGAUAAUUAUUUUGAAAGGACUUUCAAUUUAUUUUAUAUUUUUUGAUCCCAAUUGAUUUCAGGCAUAUGACCUCUAUAUGGGAUCAACAUUUUAUUUAAGAGCACAUAGGCCAUUAUAGUAUGUGUAUUGUAAUUCAGUGCUUUUAAAUUCCUUUUUUAUGAUCA